AUGCCGUUGCAUGCUUAUACUAUUUCUUCCCAACGUCCAUCUUCGAUGAUUUUGGAUGCGGUGGUUGGCGAACGUUGGAGUGAUAUUAUGGACGCGGAAGCGGCUGCGCUUCGUGAGGAUAAUCCUCUUAAUACUAAGGUUGUCUUUUCCUCUGAUCAAGCAGUGGUGCUUGAGGUUGAAAUUCCGGGGUUCUCUUUCUUUGCGGCUUUUGUGCAUGCGAGUUGUAAUUAUAUCUCGCGUCGUUUACUUUGGGAGGAUUUGGCGGGUUACGCUGCUGGUAGCCUAGUCAUCAUUGGUGACUUUAAUGCUCUCCUGGGGGCGCAUGAGCGAAGGGGUCGGCGCAACCCUAGCGCUAUUUCUUGUCGAGAGUUUUGGGAUUUUAUUGAUGACAAUAUGCUUUUUCAGCCGGUCUCUUCUGGGCCUAUUUUCACUUGGACUGAUAGGCGGCGUUUUCCUUACACCACGGAGUCAGUUUUAGAUCGUGUUCUUAUUUCUGCUUCGUUUUCUGAUUACUGGGAGAAUAUCAAUUAUCGUGUUCUUCCGCGGGUGGGUUCUGACCAUUCUCCUAUUAUUCUCAGUUGUUCGUUUUCUCAGAUUCAUGCUCAGAAGCAUUUUCGUUUUCUGAAUAUGUGGUGUUCUCACUCGGGCUUUUUGGAUUUGGUGAAACAUUCCUGGUCUCUGGAGAUUGAUGUUCGUUGCCCUAUGGUGCGAGUAAUGCGUAAACUCAAGCGGCUGCGCAAGGACUUGAAGACUUGGAAUAAAGAGACUUUUGGAAAUUUCAACGUUGCCUUGUCUGGUUUAUAUGAGCAACUCACCUCCCUUCAGACUGUCAUUGGGGUUUCUGGCUACACGGAGGAUUUGUUUGAUCAGGAGAUACAGCUUGAAGCUUCAAUUAACACUAUGCUCUCGCGUCAAGCUUCUCUUAUACAGCAGCAGAGUCGUAUCAAAUGGCUCUCAGAUGGGGACCGUAACACUAAAUUCUUUCAAAAUAUGGUGAGGAUGCGGAGAUCUCGUCUGAACAUUAAGCAGCUUCGCAUUGGAGAUUCUUUGAUUGAUGAUCACACGAUUAUGGCAGAUCACGUGGUUCAGUUUUACGUCGAUCUUUUUACUGAUUCUAUUCCGGAUAUGGAUCGAUCUUGGAUUGGUAGGCACGUUCCUACUUUGGUUACUCAGAAUCAAGGGGAGUCGCUCAUUUGUUGCCCUUCGGAGGAUGAGAUACGGGCAACGGUUUUUUCUAUGAAUUGCAAUGGUGCUCCGGGGCCGGAUAGUUUCAGUGGUAAAUUUUUUCAGGUUACUUGGGAUAUUAUAUGUUCGGAUGUGAUCUCCGCGGUGCAACGUUUUUUCAUGAGACAUUACUUGCCUAAGGGUUUGAAUUCCAAUUUCUUAACUCUGCUCCCUAAGAAGGAUGACGCCAUGUCUAUUUCUGAUUAUAGGCCUAUUGUCUUGUUCGGGUUUGUGGCGGGGCGCUCGAUACAUGAAGGUAUUUUGCUCGCGUCAGAAGGUGUUAAUUGCAUGAAUCGGUCUCGUAAAGGGAAUAAUAUGGACUUGAAGGUGGAUAUUAAAAAGGCUUUUGAUACUCUGAAUUGGGAGUUCGUGGAUGUGGUUCUUAUGGCGUUUGGUUUUCCUACGGUCUUCAGAAAUUGGAUUCAGACUAUCUUCGCUUCAGUUCGUAUUUCUGUCAUGUUUAAUGGUGUGGUUCAUGGUUAUUUUGCUUGUAGUAGAGGAGUGAGGCAAGGUGAUCCUCUCUCUCCCAUUCUUUUCGGUUUAGCUGAAGAUCUUUUGAGUAGAUUGCUGCUCCACGCGGUUGAUAAUGGUUUUAUUUCCCAGAUGCAAAUGUCUCGCCAGUUGAGUUUCCCAUCGCAUUUGUUGUGGAAAGGUUUACAACUUUCUAUGGCCGGACGGGUUUGUUUAGUUGCUUCGGUGAUUCAGAGCACGGCGGUGCAUAGCAUGCUUAUUUAUCAAUGGCCGGCUAAGCUGCUUCAUGAUCUUGAUAAGGCUUGCCGUUCGUUUAUUUGGACUGGAUGUAUCACGUCAAAGGCUCGUUCCUCGGUUGCGUGGAAUAGGGUUUGCGCUCCUAAGGUGAGGGGUGGUUUGGGUGUGAAGAGCUUUUCUGAUAUCAACAACAGCUUUAUGUUCCGAUUGGGCUGGCAAAUUCUUAAGGAACGAACUCUCGGUUUUAAUCUCUUUCGUCGGCGUUAUCUCUCUCCGCUGUUGCGUCCUUCCUCCAGAUGGUUUUCCUCCUCUAUCUGGCUUAGUGUUCGUAAGCCGCUUCAGCAGAUCGUGCAGGACACGUUCUGUAUUAUUGGCCGGAGAGAUUCCAUCUCUUUUUGGCAUGACAAUUGGCUCGGGUAUAAGCUCUCCUCGCGUCUUCGUAUUCCGAGCUACAUGGCUCAUUUUCUCACGCACAAAGUGUCAGAUUUUUAUUUUGAUGAUGUUUGGCAUCUCACUGAUUCGUUUCUGGAAGCUUUUCCUGAGGUUGCUUUCGACAUUAUUUCGCUUCCGACUGGGGAUAUAGGUGAUGAUCGUGCUUGGGUGCACUCUCGGUUUGGCAAUAUUUCGGCUGCUUUGGCUUUUGAUCAUUUCGCUCCAUCUUUUCCUUCGGUGGAUUGGGGGAAGUGGAUUUGGGCACCUUUCAUCCCGGUGCGUCGUUCUAUCACUUGCUGUCGGAUUAUUUUGGGUCGUCUUCCCACUAUGGAUGCGCUUCAACGUUGUGGCUUCAUUGGGCCUAAUAUUUGCAGCCUUUGUCUCAAUGCAGAGGAAAACAUUGAUCAUCUUUUUUGGGGUUGCAAUUUUGCUAAGCAUUUAUGGGAUUUUCUUUUCUCUUGGUUUGAGAUGGAGGUUCCGAUUUUUCAUGAUAUUGGCAGUUUCAUUAUCUUUGCUAUGAAUUAUAGUGCAACUGCGCAGGUGACAAGCCUCUGGCGUGUGGGCGUUAUUACGAUCCUUUGGGGUUUCUGGAACUCUCGCAAUCAUUUGAUUUUUCAAAACGUUGCUGCUUCACCCCAUGCUAUCAUAAAGCUUCUUAAGAUUUCCUUUUUGGAGGCGGCGACCAAUUUUAAAUUAGGAAGCAUGGCGAACUCAGUGUUGGAGCUAGGGAUCCUUCGUCGUCUUGGUGUUGCAGGCAAUCCGCGGCCUGCUCCGGUGAACAUUGAUGUUGGUUGGUCUCUCCCUUCUCCUUCUUGGCUCAAAGCUAAUAUCGAUGGAUCCAUUCGGGGUAACCCUACGGUGAUGCAUGCGGGUGGUGUGGUCAGAAAUGCCUUUAAUUCGGUGGUGGCGUGCUUUCACUUUUCAGCAGGGGCGGGUUUCGCCUUCGAGGCGGAACUUUUUACUUUUAUCAUCAUUCUGGAGAGGGCUGCUGUUCAUCAAUGGUAUAACCUUUGGAUUGAGUCUGAUUCGACAUAUGUAGUUAAUGUCUUUAAUAAUCGGGAGGUUCCGGUCCCGUGGCGUUUCCGGAGCAGAUGGCAUGCUGCGCUCAAAGGUGUUGAGCAGUUCAAUAUCAGUUGCUCUCAUAACUACCGGGAAGGUAAUCGCGUUGCCGAUUACCUUGCUUCCUCUCUUUCGCAGGAAGGGUUUUGGCUACAUUCUAUUCCUGAGAUUGCACAGCUGUUUGUCCUGGGUUGUUUGUUCGGUGCUUGGUGGGAACCGGGGGGACUUGGGGGUGAUGGUACGGCCGGAACUUCCGAAGUCUCCUCACCUCAGUUUCCGCCGCACCAUGUUUCGUUCUUGUUUUCGUUCUUGUUUUCGUUGUAUCUAGACGGAUGGCUAGAACACAGCCUACUCGGUCUAAUGCAGGACGUGGUUCAGGAUAUGGUAGAGGAUGUUCUAUUGGUCGGGGCACUCCAUCAGCCUCCAUCAUCUAUAGGAUCAUAUGGAGGCAUCAAUGCGUAUGUUGCGGUCAUGCAAUUGACUUCAUCUAGGGGUGAGCAGAAAUCGAACCGACACUAA